AGCUGGCUCGGAAUUGACUGAUCUGAUGUCGGCGGCAACUAUUAGAAGCAACGAAUCGUCGUUUGUUGAUGUAGAAGAGUCCGGAUCAAUUCCCCUUUCCAAGGAAGACGUAGAAAUGUCACUUACGACACCUGCAUCAGACUCUGCAAAGGUCUGCUAA